ACCAGUACCAUUACUACCAUCACUGCCAGCACUACCACCCCCACAACCACCACCACCAGUACCAUUACUACCAGCACUACCACCCCCACAACCACCACCACCAGUACCAUUACUACCAGCACUGCCAGCACUACCACCCCCACAACCACCACACCCAGUACCAUUACUACCAUCACUGCCAGCACUACCACCCCCACAACCACCACCACCAGUACCAUUACUACCAUCACUGCCAGCACUACCACCCCCACAACCACCACCACCAGUACCAUUACUACCAGCACUACCACCCCCACAACCACUACCAACAGUACCAUUACUACCAGCACUGCCAGCACUACCACCCCCACAACCACCACCACCAGUACCAUUACUACCAUCACUGCCAGCACUACCACCCCCACAACCACCACCACCAGUACCAUUACUACCAUCACUGCCAGCACUACCACCCCCACAACCACCACCACCAGUACCAUUACUACCAGCACUGCCAGCACUACCACCCCCACAACCACCACCACCAGUACCAUUACUACCAUCACUGCCAGCACUACCACCCCCACAACCACCACCACCAGUACCAUUACUACCAUCACUGCCAGCACUACCACCCCCACAACCACCACCACCAGUACCAUUACUACCAGCACUACCACCCCCACAACCACCACCACCAGUACCAUUACUACCAGCACUGCCAGCACUACCACCCCCACAACCACCACCACCAGUACCAUUACUACCAUCACUGCCAGCACUACCACCCCCACAACCACCACCACCAGUACCAUUACUACCAUCACUGCCAGCACUACCACCCCCACAACCACCACCACCAGUACCAUUACUACCAGCACUACCACCCCCACAACCACUACCAACAGUACCAUUACUACCAGCACUGCCAGCACUACCACCCCCACAACCACCACCACCAGUACCAUUACUACCAUCACUGCCAGCACUACCACCCCCACAACCACCACCACCAGUACCAUUACUACCAUCACUGCCAGCACUACCACCCCCACAACCACCACCACCAGUACCAUUACUACCAGCACUGCCAGCACUACACCCACAACCACCACCACCAGUACCAUUACUACCAUCACUGCCAGCACUACCACCCCCACAACCACCACCACCAGUACCAUUACUACCAUCACUGCCAGCACUACCACCCCCACAACCACCACCACCACCACCAGUACCAUUACUACCAGCACUGCCAACACCACCACCCCGACCACCACCACACCACUAUCAACCACAAUUACCAGCACUAUCACCCCACCACCAUCAACUACCACUACCAGCACUACCACCUCACCACCAUCAACCACAACUACCAGCACUACCGCCCCCACCACACCCCCACCACCAUCAACUACCACUACCAGCACUACCACCCCACCACCAUCAACCACAACUACCAGCACUACCGCCCCACCAUCAUCAUCUACCACUACCAGCACCACUACCAGUACUACAACCCCCACCACCAUCACACCACCAUCAACUACCACUACCAGCACUACCACCCCCACCACAUCAACCACAACUACCAGCACUACCACCCCCACCACCAUCACACCACCAUCAUCUACCACUACCAGCACUACCACCCCCCCACCACCAUCAACCACCAUUACCAGCACUACCACCCCCACCACCAUCAACUACCACUAUCAGCACUAACCACCCCAACCACCAUCAACAACCACUACCAGUACUACAACCCCCACCACCACACCACCAUCAACUACCACUACCAGCACUACCACCCCACCACUACCAACACUACCACCCCACCACCAUCAACCACCACUACCAGCUACCAGCACUACCACCCCCACCACCAUCACCACCACUACCACUACUACUACCACCCCACGACCAUCAACCACCACUACCAGCACUACCAUCCCCACC